AGUUCAGCAGCAGUAGUGUGGAUCCUCUUUUAGUUCCUCUCUUUUUAUCUCGCUCACUCCAACGUAACAGGUACACUUGGGUGACGUUUUCGAACGCAGUCUAAAAAGGACACAGGGUUAGGCCUGAAACCAAAGAGAAAGAAAGAAAGAGAGGUCUUUAGCCAAUAUUAAAAAAGUGAAUCAACGCGGUAAUUGACGUAUAUGGUUAGGAUCAUCGUAAACCACAUAUAUACAUCUUCUAAAAUAUUAAAGCAGUUGAAGAGGUGAAAUCAUCAAAGAUUGAAGAUGACAAGAGUUCCAGAUCAAGAAUUGAAGCAAGCUUUCUCAAAAUUGCAGGAAAAAAUGGUAGAUACUUCGCAGAAGCUAAAAUUGGCUGAUAUACAGAUUGACAAGUUACGACGUACAAAACAACGAGCAGAACUCACUAUGAAAGAAAUUGAUUAUCUUCCCGAAAAUACAAGAAUAUAUGAAUCUGUUGGUCGGAUGUUUCUUCUGGAUGAUAUAAACAGUAUCAAGAAUAUGCUGGACACUAGAAUGAAAACAUCAGAUGAAAAGAUCAAGACGUUAGAAAAUAACAAAACAUACUUACAGCGAAAUUUGAAAGAGAGCGAAGAUGACAUAAGAGAAAUGAUACAACAACGACAAAACAAAGAAACGUCUGGCUGAAUGUUUUUACAGUUCUACAUUAAAAGCAAAUUUAAUUCUUCUCUUAAUCUACCUAUUUUAGUUGAUAUUUGGAUUAAAUAAAAUUACACAUUUGUGUAAAACUUAUAUUCUUGAUAUGUUUGCUCUUUUACGUUCAUAUACUUUUGUAGUGAUAUAUUUUCUCUUUGUAUCAUAUUUCAAAUAAAAUUCUUCAAUGACAUUUCAA